UUUGGGGCAAGAAAGUGUAUUGAGGUUGGAGUUUACACCGGUUACUCAUCCUUGGCUGUCGCCCUUGCCCUCCCAGAAUCAGGCUGUUUAGUCGCCUGUGAAAGAGACGACAAGGUUCUAGAAGUUGCUAGAAGGUAUUUUGAACUAGCUGGGGUUCUUCAUAAAGUGCAGAUCAAACAUGGACUUGCUAUAGAUACUUUGAAUGUGUUGCUUUUGAAUGGAGAAGCUGGAAGCUAUGACUUUGCAUUUAUCGAUGCAGAGAAGAAAAUGUAUAUGGAGUAUUUUGAGUUAUUGUUGAAGCUUGUUAGGGUUGGGGGUGUUAUUGUCAUUGAUAAUGUACUUUGGCAUGGAAAAGUGGCUGAUCCUUUGGUGAAUGAUUCAAGAACUGUUAGUCUCAGGAAUUUUAAUAAUGCUAUUUUUGAGGAUGAGCGUGUAAGCAUUAGUUUAGUACCUAUUGGUGAUGGCAUGACAAUUUGCAGAAAACUAUGAGAAUUUGUUAAAAUUUUCAAGUAAAGAUGUUACUUCUUUUACUUCAUAA